AUGGCUCAAGCUUCCAAAGUUCCUGCCCAGGAAUUCCUGGACUUUGUGAAUGCUUCCCCUACUCCCUUCCAUGCCGUGCAAUCUGCCAAGGACCUCCUAGCCAAGGCUGGCUUCCAGGAAAUCAAGGAAAAAGAUUCCUGGGCCUCCACUUGCAAGCCUGGCGGCCGUUACUAUCUCACUCGCAACACCACCACUCUGAUCGCUUUUGCGAUCGGCCAGAAAUGGAAGCCCGGCAACUCUAUCGCUAUGAUUGGUGCCCACACUGACUCCCCUGUGCUGCGGGUCAAGCCCGUCAGCAAGAAGCAGGGUGAGGGUUAUAUCCAAGUUGGUGUGGAAGCCUAUGGUGGUGGCAUCUGGCACACCUGGUUUGACCGUGACUUGGGUGUGGCCGGCCGGGUCAUGACCCGCGACAGCAACGGAUCCAUUGUGCAGAAGCUGGUCAAGGUUGACCGUCCUAUCCUUCGUAUCCCCACCCUGGCUAUUCACCUCGACCGCCAGGAGACCUUCUCUUUCAACAAGGAGACUCAGUUGUUCCCCAUUGCUGGCCUCAUCGCUGGUGAGCUCAACAAGACCAGCGAAUCUGACGAAACCAAAGAGGAUGAGUACGCGCCCUUGAAGACUGUAACUCAGCGCCACCACUCCCAGUUUGUCGAGCUCAUUGCUGCCGAGGCCGGUGUGAAGCCGGAGGACAUCCUGGACUUUGAAAUCACUCUUUUCGAUACCCAAAAGUCCUGUCUGGGUGGCAUGAAUGAGGAGUUCAUCUUCUCCCCUCGAUUGGACAACCUGAACAGCACCUACUGCGCUACCGCAGCUCUGACCGAGUCGGCUCCCUCCGAGAAGGCCCUCGAGAAUGAGGAAGCCAUCCGCCUGAUUGCCCUGUUCGAUCAUGAGGAGAUUGGUAGCCGUACUGCCCAGGGUGCCGACUCCAACAUUCUCCCCUCCAUCAUCCGCCGUCUUUCGGUUCUUCCUUCAAUCGCUUCCUCGUCUGAAGACGUUUCUACCGCUUACGAGCAGACCCUCGCCACUUCCUUCCUGGUCUCCGCCGACAUGGCUCACGCCAUUAACCCCAACUACUCUCAAAAGUACGAGGCUGAUCACAAGCCGGAGAUUAACAAGGGAUGUGUGAUCAAGAUCAACGCCAACGCUCGCUAUGCGACCAACUCCCCCGGUAUCGUUCUGCUCCAGGAGAUUGCCCGCAAGAAGGGCGAACAGGACAGCCAGCCUGUCCCUCUGCAGCUGUUCGUUGUCCGCAAUGAUUCGAGCUGCGGUAGCACCAUUGGUCCCAUGCUGUCUGCUGCCCUGGGUGCCCGCACUCUGGAUCUGGGUAACCCGCAGCUGAGCAUGCACAGCAUUCGCGAGACAGGUGGUACUUACGACGUUGGUCACGCCAUCCGCCUCUUCACCGGGUUCUUCGAGCACUACUCAGAGCUCGCCCCGAAGAUCUUUGUGGACUAA